CCGCGUGUCCCUGUCCCCCGCCCCCAGAGGGGCCAAAGUCCCCAAGGUCCCGGGGCCGUGUCCUGCAGGAGAUCCUCGUGUCCUGCAGGGUGUCCCCGUGUUCUGCAGGGUGUCCCCCUGUCCCACAGGGUGUCCCCGUGUCCCUCAAGGUGUCGCCGUGUCCCGCAGGAUGUUCCCGUGGCUGCUCCUGGCUCUGAACUUCUGCGCCCGCCUCGGGACAGGCCUGUCCCCAGCUGUGUCCUCAACUGUCCCCCCACGUCACAUGGACUCGGUGCUCGACAUCCUGGAUGCCCUCGAGUCCCCGGCCCGGGGCGGCUCCCCCGGCACCGCCGCGGCCUUGGGGAGGGGGCUGGGAGUCUGCAGCACUCCAGGGUGCCGGACGGUGCUGGGCGAGCCCCCCGAGACCCCCGAACGUCCCCCGGCUCUAACCCCGGGCCAAUGGCAGCUCCUGACCAAGCUCCUCCGCCACAACCCGGCGACACCGGAGCUGGGGGUGGUGCUGGCUCCCGACGGUUCCACGGUGGCCCUCGGUCCCCUUCUGGCCGGCAUCGAGGUGGGGCUGAGAUCCAGCGGCUUUGGGCGACCCCUCCCGACCCUCGACCCUCCCGCCGAUCCUCUCUUGGCUGUCACCAUCGCUGAGGCUUUGGGGACAUCCUUCCUCCUGGCGCAAGGAGGUGACAACAACGCCACCGCGCUGGGACCCGGGGGCUGCUGGGAUGACGUGGAAAACCCCCAAAAUUACACCUUGAGGGGUCCCCCGUCCCCUGUCCCUGACCCUGUGGCUAUCGGGGCUAUGGAUGGGGUGGUCCUGGGGACGCGGUUGGCCCAGGGACCUCUCCCGGUGGUCGAGCUGCUCCGAGGCUACUAUGGCACCAGGAAUGGCUCGGAAGCAGGGAGACCCCCCAGCAGUUACCGGCGCCGGGAUUUUGGGGCACUGGUUGGACAGGGACGGCUGGAGAAAGAGGUGGCAGCCGUUUUGGGGAUGCUGAGGACGCUGUCGCCCACCCCGGAGCUCCUGAGGGACGUGGGGACGCAGGAGGUGGCGGCCGUGGCUCACAGGGCGGCGCGGGAGUUCAGCAACAGCUAUGUGGAGUGCCCAGCCAUUGUACCCCGCUGCCUGUGGGGUGCCCGUCCCUAUCGGGGCACCCCGGCCCCACUGCAGCCCCCGCUGGGCUCGGUGUUCCUGCACCACACCCUGGAGCCAGCGCAGCCCUGCUGGACCUUUGGCGCCUGCGCCCGUGCCAUGAGGGACAUGCAGCGCUUCCAUCAGGACACCCGCGGCUGGGAUGACAUCGGCUACAGCUUCGUGGUGGGCUCAGACGGAUACCUGUAUGAGGGCCGGGGAUGGCACUGGGUGGGUGCCCACACCAAGGGCUACAACACCCAAGGCUUCGGUAUUGGCAUAGUUGGGGACUUCACGGCCACCCUGCCGGAUCCCGACGUGCUAGCCCUGGUGCGGGAUGAGCUUCUGCCCUGCGCCAUCCGCUCUGGCCAUGUCCGGCCAGACUUCACCCUGCGCGGCCACCGCCAGCUCGGCCGCACGGACUGCCCUGGCAAUGCCCUCUUCCAGGAGAUCCAGAGCUGGCCCGGCUUCCAGGGGACACCGGUGGCCCCAGUGCUAGGGUGAGGAGCAGUUCCGGCCAGGGAGCCUGGAAUGGAUGAGGGCAGGAGAGGUUGGACACUGGUUCAGAUGGACACCAGGGCCAUGGAUCCCACUCUGGAUGGACACUGGUCCAGAUGGACUCCAGCCCAGUCUAGCUGGACACCAGUCCACCAGAUGUUGGUCUAAUGCGUCCCAGCUGGACACUGGUCUGCAGCCGCCCAGCCUGGAUAGCCCCCAGCCCAGAUGACCACCAGCCCAGCCACAAUCUGGCCCACACCACUGGCCCACCAGCCCAUCCCCAUAGUCCCAACCCCAAAACACCCUAAAAUAAAUCCAAUUCCAGGACAUCAGCUCCCAGUGGUCCCUGCAGAGCAAGAGGGAAACUGAGGCACAGUCUGUGGGUGACUUUGGGGUGAUGGGAGGGGACUUCGGAAGCCACCCUAAAGACCCAACGCCCCUCCCCCCCCAAAUGAGCGCCCACUCCCCAAAUUGGUACCUGCAGCAUCCCGGCAGCUCCAGCUGUCAUUUCGGAGGGACUCCAGGAGCCACCGCAACCCCACAAUCUCUUCAAGAGGUGACCCGCGGUGCCCCCAGCUUUUCCCCAGCGGGA